CUUCUCUGCCAGGGUCCAGCACUGGCCUCUUCCAGAAGCACCCAGAGAGGAAGCUCCUAAAACAUGGCAGGUAAGAAAGUGCUCAUCGUCUACGCACACGAGGAACCCAGGUCUUUCAACGCGGCCCUCAAGAACGUGGCCGUGGAUGAGCUGAGCAAGCAGGACUGCAUGGUCACCGUCACCGACUUGUACGCUGCCAACUUCGAGCCCAGGACUACGAGGAAGGACAUAGCUGGUGGUUCUAGGCCGCAGGAACAUCUUUGGCUUUUCCUUCAUGGCCGUCACCUGAGCUACAGCGAAGCCAUGUUGAAGCGUGAGCAACCGGUGGCAGACACAGGCGUCAGCGCUUAA